ACGAUUUUCUAAAUAUGACGACGUGUGUCCAAGACUUAUAUACCCGAUUACCUAUAUAUCAGAUGGUCUAUGGAUUCGACGAAAUAAGUUAUUGUAUUCUAAACGAAUAUCGCCGUUAUUGAUAACAAUUAUGAAUGACAUUUCAUAUGGGAUAGACAGUGAGGUAUACUUGAUUCGUGAGAAGCAAGGAAGAAUAAAUAUCAUCGGCUGUAGAACAAGUACAGAUAAGAAAUUUAUAGUGAUGCUGGACCAUACACACUCGACGUUCUGGUAUGUGGUCACGAAAGAAAUAAAUAAGUAUAAGUCGUAUGAACCGAUUUUAGAACGUGGAUUUUCUGUUGCUUCAUCACGAACUUGUGUUUGCAAAAUUCUUACCUUUCACGAAAAUAAAAAAGAGGAUUUUAACAUUUGGGUAUGCAUAGUAGAACAUCCAGAUGUUGAUAAUACGGUCAGUAAAUACCUUGGUCUAGGUGGAGUAGCAGACGAUAAACGGUUAGAAAUGUCUGACGAUGGUGGAAUUUCCCGUACUAUCGAUUUCGUUUCCCGGUCUUCAGUCGUUAAUAUUGACCUUGACGGUAAUUUCAAACAAAGAUAUUACAAGGAACUCCCUACAUUGCAAUUUAGUGUCGGACACUCAUGCCGCGUGAAAUUCAAAAUAAAAUGUAGAAUAAAACCAUUACUUUGUGAUGAUAAGGAAAAGGUAGCGGUUAUUCGGUUUUAUAUCGGAACAAAGACUAUCCAUGAAGUUCUUAUCGAUACUGCAGCACCCAUUCCAGAUUUUGAUGUCGUACCCAAAACCGAAGCGCCAGAAUAUACAAUGGAAGCCAUUGAGAAGUUAUUAAGCGCCGAAAGUCUACAUAAACUUGCCGCUUGUUUGUCAGAAGAUGAGGGAUUUGACUUGUCAAUACGGCUUGGGGUUCCUGCUGGAACCGUGUCCAAAGUGCUAAUAAUGAUUGGCAGUGUUGAAAGUAAAAACUUCAGAUUAAUUUUGAUUUGGAAACAAUCAAUAAAAGGGGACGUGUCGGAUGUAAAAGACUUCAUUAAUGCUUUUCAUGACAUCGAUAGGGGAGAUUUAGCUUUUGGUAUCAUGGAUGCUUUAGACAAUUGUAGACCAUUUAAAAAGUGAA